CCCUCAGCGCCGCGCCAACCACCAGCCGUCAUCAUGCAGCAGUGGCAAGUCGGCCCCGUGCCGGACUACGUCUACUCCAACUCCCCCCACCCGUCCAACGACAUGCAUAACCAUCCUUACCCGGCCGAUAUGCGUCGCAACGAGCAGCAGCGCAUGGAGUUUCCCUACGGCGCCCAGCCCAACAUGGCUGCGCAGCAGCAACACCACCCAACGCCAGUCCAGCCGCCCAUGAGCGUAUCGCAGCAGCCGCCAAACGGCCCGCCGUCCCAGCAGCAGACGCCGACUCAGCAGCCCGCCGUCCAGCCGCCCAAUGCCCGUCCCAGGAAGCGACCGGCUCAAAACGCUGCCCCUUCGCCCGCCACGGCCGCCGCUCCACCUCCCGUGCCUCCGGUCCAGGGUCAGCCUCCGGCGCCCACGCCGCCCGCUCCUCAGGCCGCGCCUCCUUCGCAGCCACCGCCCGCCGCGGCCGAGGACGCCAAUUCUGCUGCCGCGGCCGUGCCUCCUCCUGCCAAGAAGAGCCGGACCAACACGCCCUGGACCCCCCAGGAAGAGCUGCGAUUGAAGCAGAUGCGAGAUGCCGGAAACAGCUGGGCUGAGAUUGCCAAGACUUUCCCUACCAGAACAGAAGGCUCCGUUAAGAAGCACUGGUACAAGGAUAUGCACUAUGCUGAGUUUGCCGAAGACGAAAGCCAGGCGCUGUUGAAUGCUAUAAAAGAGUACGAAAACAACAAAUGGAAAGUGAUAGGGCAAAAAGUCGGAAAACCAGCAAAGGCCUGCGAGCAGUAUGCCAAGGAGCAUUUUCCAGAUCUCUUUGGCAACCCCAAGGUGAGAUGAACUCGACGUGACCGCUCACCAGCGCCCUAACCUGACCAACGCUCCCGGCCGGGCUGUCCGACGAUUGUAAUUUUUCUACCCAGAAGUCGUCUUUUCCUUUUGUUUUGGUCUGUGUAGGACACGGGCUCCGGAGAGCAAUGAGGAAAAAAAAAAGAAAAAAAGUUCCAACAACCAAAAAAAUCAACACCACGCAGAAGGAGGAAAUCAGUUCAUCUUUGUUUAUUAUUCUUAUUCGGGCUUUUAUAUGUUGCAAGGGCUUCCAGUUAUCAACUCCAGAUGCAGGUUUCUGAAGAAAAGCAAGGAACAGUAAGGAGUACGGCCGGGUUUUCCGCUACUUCGUUAAUGGGCAAAACAUGGCAUUUGUCAUUGUUUUUACUUUAUUUAUUCUUUUUCUCCCCCUUCACUUUUUUUUUUCUUUUUGCCUCCCAACUCUUUUCUCUAUAUCUUCUUUAGUUUUACAACCUUUUGUUGUCUUUUCUCGUCUUUUUUCUUCCAUCAUUAUCGCCGGGCUUAGAGAUUUUGUGUGCGCAUUUCUUUCUGCGUUUCAUGGGCGGGAAAUAAAGCACUGGAUGGGUCUUGGCUGGCGUUGUUGACGGGAUACUGUCGUCUUUUCUCUCUGCUCGUGCUCGCUCUGAGAAAAUAUGGCUACGUGGCCCAUGGCCUCUUGGCUGUUACUGUAUCCUAUUCUCUUUUCACCCCGUUUUCACUUUUUCUUCUACCACGACACCUACCGGGUGGAUGACAGCGGUGGUGUUGUACGGGGUGAGAUGAUGGAGAAGAAGGUAUACGGCGAGGCCAAGGGUCUAACAAUGGUGAAAUUCCCGGGAUGGGGAUGCCGGAGAACGUGAAGCAAAGCAGCCUUUGCCUGGAUGGUUGGGGAUGCGGAAGACUGUCGCUUAUAAGAAGGGGAUAGCUAUACCCGGAGCAGAUGUUUUUUCUUUUUUUCGUUUUCCCUUGAUUCGAUUUUUACCUUUAUAAUAUCAAGUUUAUUUUGCAUUUGUU